CGCCUUCCUUACGUCUGCUUGCGUCAUCAGUCCGAGUCAAGGGCACUAUUGGCCAGUUCCGUUCAACAAAGUGGUUGCAUUUUUUUGUCCCGGCAAUGAGUUGCGCCCGGGCGGCGGCGGCUCCCUGCCUUUGGCGGCUGCGCCUGGGGGUCCGGCGGUUCCUCUCAGCUUAUGGAAGAAGGAUCAGUGUCAGAUUUCGCAGUUCAGGAAUGACUUUAGACAAUAUCAAUCGGGCAGCUGUGGAUCGAAUAAUCCGGGUGGAUCAUGCAGGCGAAUAUGGAGCAAACCGCAUCUAUGCCGGGCAGAUGGCCGUCCUGGGUCGGACCAGCGUCGGGCCAGUCAUUCAGAAAAUGUGGGAUCAAGAAAAGGACCAUUUGAAAAAGUUCAAUGAAUUGAUGGUUACGUUCAGGGUCCGGCCGACAGUUCUGAUGCCCUUUUGGAAUGUGCUGGGGUUUGCACUGGGGGCGGGGACCGCCUUGCUCGGGAAGGAAGGUGCAAUGGCCUGCACCGUGGCGGUGGAAGAGAGCAUAGCACAUCACUACAACAACCAGAUCAGGACGCUGAUGGAGGAGGACCCGGAAAAAUACGAGGAACUUCUUCAGCUGAUAAAGAAAUUUCGGGAUGAAGAGCUUGAGCACCAUGACAUAGGCCUCGACCAUGAUGCAGAAUUGGCUCCAGCCUAUGCCGUCCUGAAGAGCAUUAUCCAGGCCGGAUGCAGAGUGGCGAUAUAUUUGUCAGAAAGAUUAUAAAGUGUGUCCAGUUUUGCCUGUCUAUAAAAGAUGAUGGUAGUUUACCAGGUGACAUUUGCAGAGAAACAAAUGUACAGUUAUCUUUGUACUUUUGUACAAUGUGAAUUUUGUUAAUAAAUUAUAAGGUUUUUUUUUUUUUUUUUUUUUUUUAAACUCUGCAGUGUUGAUUUUUCUCUGGGUUGUUUUUUCUGCCAUGAGACCAACAGGUCACCAGCCUUGUUCAAGUUACAGCAAACGAAGCUGGGCCUUGUUUGGUCUCAUACUUAAUUUUCUUUUAUAUACGUGUUUUUCUUUUACAUGCAUAUAUAUAUAUAUAUUUUUUUUUUUUGGAGACAGGGCCUCGCUGUUUUGCCCAGGCUGGGUCACAACUCACUCCAGCCUCGACCUCCCAGCCUCAAGCAAUCCACCCACGUCAGCCUUCCAAGUAGCUGGGACUGCAGGUGUGCACCACCACACCUGGCUAAUUCUAUUUUUUUGUAGAGGCGAAGUCUCACUGUGUCGCCAGGCUGGUCUCUAACUCCUGGGCUCAGUGAUCCUCCCGUUUCGACUUCCCAAAGUGCUGGGAUUACAGGUGUGAGCCACUUCACCAGGCUCAUUUUCUCCUAAAACAUCAAGGACAAAUCAUUAAUAAUGUAACAGGAAUCUUUAGGAGAAAAAACAAUUUGGUUUACUGAUAACAAAAGAUAAUUGGAAACAUGAGAGUAUUUGAGGUUGGCCAUGCAGAACUGUGAAGUCCAUCAGUAAGUCAAAGAUCAUCGUUUCUGUUUUGAAUUGUGGGUGAUAAUGGGUGGGAGAGUGCUACAGUCUGUAUGUCCGUGUCUCCCUAGAAUUCAUACGAUGAAAUCUUCACUCUCAAGUUGAUAGAAGGUGGGGCCCUUGGAAAGUGUGAGGUCAUGAGAGUGGAGCCCUCAUGAGUGGGAUUAGUACCUUAUGAAAGGCCCUAGAGAGAUACCUCAUCCUCUCCAUAGUGUGAGACUUCAAGGGGAAGUGUGAGACUUCUCUGAGGAAGCAGACCCUUCACAAGCAAAAUCAACCAGCACUUUGAUCACGGACUUCCCAGCCUCUAGGACUGUGAGCAAUAAAUAUUUGAUGUUUAUAAGCCACCCAGACUGUGGUAUUUUGUUAUAGCAGCCUGAACAGACUAAGACGGGGGUGUUGCCUCCCUCAAAGAAUAUACUAAGUUGUGGAUUAUUUGUGAAGUUGAAUUACAGUCUUUUCCUUAAGGUCUUUUACCACCUCCCCCCCAAAAAAACCCCCAAAACUGAUUCAAAUAUUCAUACUUUAAUGAAAUAUUUUAUAAUUUGCAAAUUUUUAAGUAAUUUAUGAAAAACCUACAUCAGUGGAUCUCCUCUCUGGCUGCCCAUUAGAAUGUCCUGUGGAGAUUAAACUUUUUUUUUUCAGUUUAUGGACCAAGAGUUUUGAUUUAUUUAGGGUGGAGUUCAGGAUCAGAAUGGUUUCAGAAGCUCCCAGGUGAUUCUGGUGUGAGUUGGAGCUGCAAGCCCCUGAGCUAGAUUAUAAGAUGCUUCUGGGAAAGAACCACAUUUUAGGAAUUUGCCUCCCACCCAGUGCCCUGCAUUUAAUCAGCAUCUGAUGACUUGGCAGGACUUGCCCCACCAGAGUCUGGCUUUGAAGGGUAGUGGACACCAGGAUCAUUUGGAUUAAUCCUCUGCCACCUCUCUCUUUUCCUCAACCAAGAGUGAAUUUAUGUAAUUGAGUGAAAGUCUACGAAUCAUAAUUGUAAUAAAUUAAGGCUGGGUGUUUGUUUGAAAUUAGGUAAGAUAAAGCCAAAAGUUUGAACAAGUUGUGGAUGGUUUGUAAAAAUUAAUCUUACAAAAUAAAUGCUCUGUAUGAACACAUUGAUUAAAUUCAAAAGGGUAUUAUUUGGUUUUUCUGUAUAUUGAACCUUGAAAUAAAAGCACAGCAAGGUUUUCUUAAGGCA